AUGAGGACCACACUCAUUGGAGCUAGAAUCCUUCGUCUAUUCCGAUCCGAAAAUAUGGAGAUCUUCUCGGUGUGUGGCUCUCGUUGGUUGAGCGGACUGGGUGAGUUCUGGGUAGCAGGGCGAAGACUUGAAUGGAAGUUCAACCGAGCACGACCAGAUCAUUUCGCCCUCAGUUUUGCAGCACAAGCGUUCAUUAUGCCUUGGAAGACCAUAUACUAUUGCCUGUUUCUGUCGGCCGCAUUAUUAUUGAAAAACCUGCACCCUGACUGGAAGCAACUUCUGUUCCUCUCUGGAUUGAGUGUGGUUGUUGGCAAUGUGUGUCUUCUUUUGAAGCUGCUCGUCGCAGCUUAUCUAUGGCGACGUUUGGUCUUGCUUGACAACUCCAAUGGAAAAAAUAAGUUCUUAGGGCAGCCACUCCUCUUCCCUGCCCGGCUUUCCCAUGCACGCAGGUUUCCUGCAACUGAACGAUACAACUACUGGUACGAUUACUUCAUGGUUGGUAUACCUGUUGGUCUUCGUGGCCGCAUCGGGAAUCUUCUUUCUAUAGAUGCUGUCCCAGCUUCGGAAAGUCAGAGAGACAAAUGCUGGUUCACCAUUGAUCCGGGUUACUAUCUCAACUGGGGAAGCGGUGAUCUUUCCUUGGAGGAGAAGCUACAUAAAUUUUUGGAAUCUCAGGGUGAAAAUCCACAGGAGUUCCCAUAUGCAUAUCUGAUCAGCGUCCCUCGCUUUCUAUGCUUCCAGAAAAGCGCAAUCAGUUACUGGUAUCUCUACAACUCGGAAAGGAAUCUGACUGCAAUGAUCAUGGAAAUCAAUAACUCUUUCUUCGAGAAACGCAACUUUUUCUUCCGUGUGACGGGUGAUGAUCUCACCGUCGACGACCCGGAGAACGAGCCCAAGGACACAAUAGCCAUGACCAAGCAACAGGCAAGCCCCGUUCCUAUCCGGUUCCUGUCUUCUGCGCCCCAAAGCAAGCACUACAAAGGGUCCUGGGAGAAAUUAAUCUUCGGUUCACCUUUUGAGAAGGUAGGAGGAGGAAUGACUGCUAAGUUCAUGGACCCUCUUGCAGGCCCUGCUCUACAGUCCAAUCUGAGUUCAAACACCCCUGAGGGCCAGGUCAAGGUUACAAGUCGCCUUGCUUCCUGGGGUGCCCCUGUUGAUCCGUUGUCUGCUAGUGGACGUAAAAUCGCUGGCUUUAUUGCUCGGUGGACGCACGUUGGAGCGUUGUCUGCUCCUCGCAUUGUCUAUCAGGCCGUUCGGAUCCGCUUUCGAGGAAAGAUGAGAUACCUUCAAAGACCGGAAGUGCGAUCUGGGAGUAAUCCGCGUAAACCAACUAGUGUCGAGCGUACAUUGGAGCACUUCUUCAGAGAGUAUCUAUCACAGCUCGCAAAUAACUGCACGUUCCCCCUGGCGAUCAAAUAUAUGCCUCCAACCUCUGUUCACUUUGAACCGAUCGUUUUUCAAGCAGCGGUAUCUCCAACAUCCGAUCCUCCCCAAAAUCUGACCCUCCAGCCUUUAUCCUUCCGGUUUUACACCUCUUUCUUUGAACAACCAGACCCCAAGACUGCCUUCAGUAUGGAAUCAACGCCAUCUCCAACAGACUCAGACCAAGAGUCCCGCCGCCUCUCAGUCUCCGACAUCUCGCUCUUGGAUAAAGUGCUUGCCACCUCCGGGCAGACCGUAAAUGCAGAAAUAGCCAAGAUCAAGCCUCUCCAAGCAUCUCAGGGCUUAGAAAAAACCAUAUUCGAAACAACGAUCUCUUUCUUGCGCCGUUCAUCGUCGCGCACGUUCAUGGACAACUUCGUGGAGCAUAACUUCUCUGCCGAGAAACAGCGAGAGUACAGAGCUAGCUUGCUGCACUAUCUCUUGUCGCGUCGGCUCCCAAUCGAAUCUCAGGCGAUUGUGGCACAACUAUUUAUAGCGGCGCGAGUGGCAAUCGUAAACGCUGUUUUGCAUGCUACAUACCAGAUUUGGGCCAGGGAGCCGGUGAUCCAAAGUCUGCGGAGUAUGUUCAUCACUCCUGCCACUGGAACCAUGGCUUACGCUGGGUGGGAUGCGGUCCACAAUUAUAUUGGGGAGUAUUACUUGAAUCCCUUUGCGUGGGGCGAGGGUCUCUAA